AAAUCGAAAAAAGCUGCCAUUGAAAAAGCCGAACACGACAGCGCCUUCACAAAGUCUAAAAUUCGACAAAAAUGCAAACAACUUAAACUUCUUCAACCAGCAGGAUCUGAAGCCAAUAAAAAACUCCAAAAACUGGAUGAUUUAAACCAUCGCCUUUCUGCGGUAUCUAAGCGGCUCGAGUUUGCUGAAAAUUUGGAUCGUCGAACGCAGGAUGUGUUAUCUCGACAGGAGUUGCGAGUCGAAAAUGCGAAAUCCAAGUUCAGACGAGUUAAAGAACUGUAUGCGGAAGAAAAGCUGGUUCAAUUAGCUCGACUCUCCGAGCUGGAGGCAGAAAAGGAGGAGCAGGUUCAAAAAUUAAUGUGCCUUAAUAAGAAAUUGGAUCGUCUGGGCAGACAAAAUCUUCUUAAAGGAACUACGUGCGCCUACAAAUGGAUCAUGGCUAGCUUCGAUAUUUCAGAUGAUGAGUGUGAUGAAGAAAUUGACGAGUGUGUUAGUAAACGAUGUGCCUUCAUUUGUCAGGAGAUUAAACGCCUUCAACAGCAUUCUGAUUGGCUAGAGGAGAAUCUGAAGGCGGCAGAAACGAAAUCUCUAAAUCGACAGAAGAUGAGUGCAAUUAAAGCUGUGUUGGAUAAAGGUAGACUUCAAACUAACGUAACUGAUGUCCGACGUAGAAACAACCAAAACGCCACCAAUCGACCACGUCCUAUCAGCAUGAUAGAAACAGUGACUAAGAAGGUUACCCGUUCAGCCACAAUGCCAGCAAAGGUAUCUCCACGCCAGGUCGAUGCCCGACGUCAAACUAUGAUCAUUAACCGACCGACACUUUCCCAAGUGGAGCCAACAAUUUCCGCCACAAAAAGACGUCUAGCCUACUCUCAGAGUCUACGAGAACGGGGCAUCAACCCAAGGAUGCCCUUGUCUCAACUUCAACGUGGAGCGUCCUCUAACUCCAUAUCUCUCUCAUUCCGAUCACCAACUCCCCUGAUCUACACUGCUUUUCGAAGUUCAAAACACACCGCCUCCUCGUCUAGAGUACUUGAUUUCGCUGACUAA